CUAUAAUCAAAAAUUUAAACUUGGCCACAAAUAUAGAAAAUUUGAACUUGGAAGGACAAAGAUUGUACAAUAGCCACAUACUUGUAUAUGCAAUUCAAUACACGUAGCAAACUCAACUCAUCAUCAACUCCCCAAGCUCGGAAUUCGUACCUUCCACCGAUCCCCUGCUGUCCUCUUUGCCGCUCUUACCUUCAAUAACAACCAAAUUUACUAAUCAAACUCCCAUAAUUAUGCUUCAUCUUCUUCAUACUCCUUCAUUUCCCAACUUCUAUCAAUUACAUUCAAUGCCUCUUCUUAGGAGAAAAUCUUCUUCAUCCACCCAACAACAUUCAAAAUCAUCUCAUUCUUUUUCCAUUUUAAACCCCAGAUUUAAAACCCAGAAAAGAAAUUUUACCAUCAAUUCUUCUUCUUCAACUGUUAAUAGUGAUACUAGGAAGUUGCCUGAGAUUGGUACGUUGUAUAGAAGGUUCUGGAAAGUAGCAAAACCAUAUUGGUUUUCUGAGGAUAAAGUUCAAGCAAGAUUACGAUUGGCUGCUGUUUUUGCUUUGACUUUGGGAACUACUGGUAUUAGUGUGGCUUUCAAUUUUCUUGGCCGUGAUUUUUACAAUGCCCUUGCUAGCAAAGAUCAAGAACAAUUUACGAAGCAACUAUUAUAUUAUCUUGGUGGGUUUGCUGGUGGUAUUCCGGUGUUUGUAUUGAGAGAUUUUGCAAAAGAUACUCUUUCCUUGAGAUGGAGAUCUUGGAUGACAACCUUUUACAUGAAGCGUUAUUUACAAAACCAGAACUUUUACAAAAUUCAAUCCCAGUCCAAAAUUGAUAACCCAGAUCAACGGAUUGUUGAUGAUCUGAGUACGUUCACAGGAACAGCACUUGCCUUCUCUUUGACGCUGUUCAAUGCUGCAAUUGACUUGAUAUCAUUCAGUAAUAUCUUAUUUGGCAUCUACCCUCCAUUGUUUAUUGUGCUUCUAGUGUACUCAAUUGGUGGAACUGCUAUUAGUAUAUUUCUCGGAAAGGGGCUGGUGACUUUAAAUUUCUUGCAAGAGAAAAAGGAAGCUGACUUCCGUUAUGGACUUGUUCGUGUCAGGGAAAAUUCUGAAUCAAUUGCUUUUUAUAGCGGUGAGGAAAAUGAGUUGCAAAUGCUUGUCCAAAGAUUCAGCAGUGCUUUCCAAAAUCUAACUCGCUUGUUGAUAACUUCUAGAAACCUGGAGUUUUUCACCAAUGGCUACCGGUAUCUUAUUCAAGUUCUUCCUGUCGCAGUUAUUGCUCCCAUGUACUUUUCUGGAAAGAUUGAAUUUGGUGUCAUUAAUCAGUCUGUAUCGGCUUUUAACCACAUUCUUGGAGACGUUUCUCUUAUCGUUUAUCAAUUUCAAGCCAUCAGUGCCUUUUCUGCUGUGAUUGACCGUCUAGGUGAAUUUGACGAUCUUCUUGAUAAAAGCAGCUCAGACGACCUCACUGAUUCAGUAGACAAUGUGCUUAUUGUAUACCAAAAUGUAAAAAGUACAACAGAUAAGACGUUGGAUUCAAAUGGAUCAUUGGAAGCUGGAAGCCAUAAAAAGUUGGUCGAAUUGGAGAACUUGACUUUGGUGACUCCCGAGAAGUCUGCAAUUCUCAUGGAUUUAACAUUGUCAAUAAAUGAAAAGGAUCACCUGUUGAUAGUUGGGCCUAGUGGAAGUGGUAAGACGUCGUUAUUAAGAGCUAUGGCUGGUCUUUGGACUUCUGGAAAAGGGAAAAUUACAUUUUAUGUGAGAGAUUCUGACGAUUUCCGUUCUUCCACAACGCAUGAAAGUGAUGAAGAAAACGCACCUUUCAAGAAUAGAAGUUCGAGGGGCAUAUUUUUCCUUCCCCAGAAGCCUUAUAUGGUUUUGGGAACUCUGCGUCAGCAGUUGCUUUAUCCUACAUGGGCUGAAAUUCCGACUGUAGCUGUUGCUGAACAAAACGGUUGUCCACCCUUUUUGAUGCACUCUAAUGACUCAGAAAUUAGUACGUCUACAAGUUUGGUGAAGCCAACUACCGAGGAAUUAGUAAAGGUUUUGGAGGAUGUUCGUCUUGGCUAUUUACUUCCUCGUUUUGGUCUCAAUUCAACAUAUGAAUGGUCGAGUAUUCUUUCCCUUGGUGAGCAGCAACGCCUUGCUUUUGCACGAUUGCUGCUUGCAAAGCCAUAUUUGAUCCUCCUGGAUGAAUCUACCAGUGCUUUAGACGAGGACAAUGAGGCUCAUCUUUACGGUUUGAUUGAAGCAGCCAAUGUAACUUACGUAAGCAUUGGCCACCGAAGAACAUUGUAUAACUACCAUAGCAAAGUAUUGAAUAUAAUGAAGAUGGAUCCUCAAUCUACUCAACGCAACUGGACUAUCAAGCCCAUAGAUCAACAAGCCAAGAGUAUCUUAUCAGAAUUAGGACUGUCACUACCUGGAAACGCCGGUUGUGGCACUUGAUCGAGACCAUGAAAUCCGUAAGCAAGAGAUGCAUCUGUAUGAAGCUUGGCUGUUUUAAAAAACAUACAUACGCUCAAAUCGGGUUAUCUGUGGCCUAAUGAAUGGAGAUUGAACCACCUUUUAAAGUGAAUCGGCAGGAAAGAAAAUUCCAAUGCUUUUUAUGUAAAUACUACAAUCAUGGUAAUUUUUUUUACACCUCUUUUGGGUAGUUUUGGGGAAUAGGUAUGAUUGUAGAACUCUAAUUUGUAAAAUGGUUUAACCUUGGGCAUGUCGAUAUGGUGGCCGCCUCUAAGAUUGAACCCGUUUAAGAGAAAGGUUGGCUUUUGUCGUUCUAUAGGAUAAAAUGUAAGACUGGAAUAUGUUGUGCAUACUAAAGUUUUGGAAGUACUCUUUUGUACUCUUGUGUU